AUCUUCAUAAGCAGAGAAUCUAGAGAGAGAGAGAUGGGGAGAGAGAAUGUGAAUGGAGAGAAUGAAAAAGGGGGGUGGUCAUCUUCAUCUGCAGAAUCAUCAAAGCAAAUGCCUCUACUUUCUUUGAAUCAUGUCUCAUUUGUCUGCAAAUCUGUCAGUAGAUCAGUUCAAUUCUAUGAGGAAGUGUUGGGAUUCAUGCUCAUCAAACGCCCUUCUUCCUUCGACUUUGAAGGAGCUUGGCUAUUCAACCAUGGAAUCGGCAUCCAUUUGCUCGGAUCAGAAGAUGUUCCGAAGAAGAAAGGUGCAAUCAACCCAAAGGAUAAUCACAUUUCAUUUCAGUGCUCGAACAUGCAAGUAGUAGUGCAGAAAUUGGAGGAGAUGAACAUAGAGUAUGCGACUGCAGUGGUGAAGGAAGGUGGUGUGAUAGUUGAUCAGCUCUUCUUCCAUGACCCUGAUGGGUACAUGAUUGAGAUUUGCAACUGCCAAAAUCUACCAGUUCUUCCCCUUUCCUCAUGCCCUCUGAAAAAGCUGCCUACUCCUCCUAGCAACCAAGCAACAUCAUCUUCCUUUGAUGGUAAGUUCUUUGAUGCUAAACUUAAAAACGGGUAAUUCAGUGGUAUAGGGCUAAUUUAGAUAAAAACAUAACCUCGAAUGUCUUUGGUUUAUCUCUAGGGAUGGCGGUACAUCUUGAAAAAGCGUAUAUUUGUCUAAACCCGCCUCGAUUAA